GCAAGUGUUUCGAACGGAUCGUGCUCUUUAAUUGAAUCUUGUUAACGAUUGAUAAUCUCUAAUUAUUGGUUUUAAUAACCAAAGUGAAAGUUAUUCAUCUGUUUAAUAUUGCUCUCUUGAACUAUAAAGUGUUGAAACUACUUCAAGGCCGACAGCCUAUCAGAACUGCAAGUGAUAAGUUUAUAAUUAGUGAGCAUUCAAAUAUGCCUCGACCAUCGCGAGAAUCGUUGGGAGGCCAGAAGCCUCCGUUUUCCUAUAUCUCCUUGACUGCUAUGGCAAUCUGGAGUUCACCAGAAAAAAUGCUGUGCCUCAAUGAUAUCUACAAAUAUAUUACGGACCGGUUUCCGUACUAUCGGAAUAACACGCAGCGCUGGCAAAAUUCGCUGCGUCACAACCUCAGCUUCAACGAUUGCUUCAUCAAGGUUCCCCGACGUCCCGAUCGACCUGGCAAAGGUGCAUACUGGACGCUGCAUCCUAAGGCUUUCGAUAUGUUCCAGAAUGGUAGCCUGUUGCGCCGUCGCAAACGGUUCAAGCUGCAUGAAAGUGACAAGGAAAGUUUAAAUGAGGAAUUCAUUGCCCUCGCCAACAUGAACAGGUUCUUCAUGUCGCAUGGUAACCAGUUCCACGAUCCCUACUACUCAGCAAUGCCGGAAAACAUCAGCCCAAAUAUGUUAUAUGCUCCCAUUUCGCCACCGCAAUCACCGCCGGAAGCAAUGCGCGCUACAAGCCAAUCUCCUGAACAAUCCCAGCCUGCCGGAUUAGGUGGAUUCCAGAGUCACGGAGGAAUUACAACUGCGCACGUUUCCAAACCAAAGCGGUCGUUUACCAUCGAAAGCUUGAUCGGGUCAGAUGAUUCGGACAGUAAGGAGGAGUGCUCAUCAUCGGAUUCAGAGGACUACUCAGUUCCGUCGGUUGCAAAUGCACCAAAUGCUCAACAUAUGGAACAACUCCGUGCAUCCAUUCACCUCAGUCAUCAGAUUCAGGUUCAGCAACAAGCCGCUUUCAAUGAAUACGCAGCCGCAGCUGCUGCAGCCGCCCAUCAUCACCACCAGCAGCAAGUGGCAGCCGCGUCUCUUGCCGCAUCUAAUGGGGCUCCCUAUGGAAUACAUCCGCUGUUGAUACCGAUGGCCAAGCCGCCAGGACCAGCGUAUUUCCUGCCCACUUACCAAACACCGUCGGUACCUUACCACAUGCAUCAACCGACGGAGCCACAAGCUGCUCAUAUGCUGGAUCCGCGCAAUGAUACUGCCAUGGUACUGGGAUAGAUUUCCAUGGCCUCUGCUGCACCCUAACCAAAUCAACGAGACUUAGUUAAAAUUAUUGUUCCCCAAAUUAGAGGCGAUGCGUUUAUUUUCUACAUGUGUAGUGGUUUGGAGUAUUUAUUAGCUUCACGCUGAAUAAAAGUAAGAAAAACAAACUUGCAAUAUUGAACUGAGACAGUCGAAAAUCGCUCAAAAACGAGCGGCUGGAGCCAUAUGACCUCGAAAAAGCUGUUAGAGUAUUAAUAAUGUCAUAUAUCUGUGAGUAGUUUCGUAUGAUAAGGCCGGCAUUUAGACAAAGAAGAGACUAUUAAUAUAUACAUAUUGCACGAAAAUGCCAUCGGCCAAGUAAACGUAGAGAAAAGAAUGAAUAAUUGUGAUGUCUUUAGUUAGUAGCCACUUGCAAUAUCUGCCGUUCAUUUUAGUUGGUUAUGUUGCAUUACUGAACUGAAUGUUUAUUUUUAGGAAACGAAAUAAAUUUUUUUUUUUUAAUUUCUUACACAAGCUUUCUUCUAUUAUCCUCCGAAAGGUGACCUUGCAUUUUCUUCGCUCAUUGGUGUGCUUCGAAAUGAGUUUGUCGUUGGAGAUACUCAGAGAACUUCAUGCAUGUUAACUAAAUGACCCAGCUAAUUCAGAGUUAUCAAUUGUGUUUAUUUAUAAUAUCAAUGAAAUAACAGAGUGCAUGUACUUGCUAAGAAAGAGCAUUAGAUUUAGAUCAUGCGUUCGUUCUCUUAACGCCGUUUUUUCAUAAUUACUUAUUAUGUAGAACCGCA